UCCCGCGACUAUCUGCCAUUUCAAUGCAAAAGAGAUCUAAGACUUCCAAAAAAAAAAAAAAAAAUCGGAGAAGAAGAUCGGCAUUCUCUUCACGCUCACAGCUCUGAGCACUCUGACAAUCAAAGCCACCAUUGUCGAAACGACACCGCACCGCAUGACAUUUCAUCCAAUUCUCUCACCGCUUGAAGAUGGCGACCGAGAGACACGCUUCUUUACCUUCAACAUCCCACGAAGAUGACGCCCUGUUUCUGGAUAUACUGCAUGAGGCUCCUCUACUCGGUAACCGCAAAUCCAGAAGCAUUUUUGGGAGUAUUUUCUACUGUUUUUUCUUGGCAAGUUACGCGGUGUUGGCUGUGGGAGCACCAUGGAUAUUCCGUCCCAUUAAGAGCUUGGUCUCACCGUUGCUUUGCAGUUGCAGUGUUGCUCUUUUACUAGUCACAGGCAUCUUUCAGCAAUAUCUGGUUUACCAAGUCCAGAAAAUACGCUUGCAGGGUUAUUAUAGUUUCAGCCAGAAGUUGAAGCAUAUUGUUCGCCUACCUUUUGCCAUUACUUCAUAUGGAACUGCUGCAAUGCUACUAAUCAUGGUAUGGAAACCCCACAUCAGUAUUCUUUCCAUCUCAACAAUGCUGAGGAUUAUUAUGGUAAUUGAAGCAAUAUGUGCUGGAUCUUUUAUGAGUGUCUAUAUUGGUUAUGUACACCAGUACAAUUCAUUGAAUUCUCAGCCUGAUGUUUUAAAGUCACUAUAUUCUCCACUUCAACCAUCAAGUUCUUUGGAAGGUUUGAGAUAUCAUGAAGGUGGUCGGCUCUCUGAUGAGCAAAUGGCUUUGUUGCAAUAUCAGCGUGAAAACCUUCAUUUUUUGAGUGAGGAGAUUCUGCGAUUGCAAGAGUGCUUAAGUAAAUAUGAACGGUCUAGUGAUGGAAGCACACCUCAGGUUGAUCUUGCCCACAUGUUAGCAGCUCGUGAUCAGGAACUACGGACACUUAGUGCGGAGGUGAAUCAACUGCAGUCUGAGCUCAGGCUUGCACGUUCUUUGAUAGCUGAGAGGGACGCUGAGAUACAGCGUGUUCGCACUACCAAUAAUCAGUAUGUAGAAGAGAAUGAAAGACUAAGAGCUAUUUUAGGAGAAUGGAGUAAUCGAGCAGCAAAGCUUGAGCGAGCGUUGGAGGCUGAACGAAUGUCAAAUCUCGAACUGCAAAAGAAGAUUGCAACACUGAGAAGUCAAUCAAAUGCAUCAUCAGCAGAACCUACUGAGCACCGUGGAGCAUAGUCACACUACCCAGAUAUAUGCUUACCUUGACCCUUUUCUAGGUUGAAUUGAUAGAGGAUAAACAAAGAAAGAAAAAAGAAGAAACAGAGUUCAAGAAGCGUCAACAUAAGGUCAAGUAUAGACAGGUGUAGAUGGUUGAAUGUACAUAUAUCUGUUUGCGGCAGCAUUUUUUUUCCUUCCUCCGGCGGUGUGCCGCUUAUAGUGAUUGUUCGAGUUGCCCCAUGGCCAUAGAGGCUUUAUGGGAGACUCGUAAAAUACCUAAUAACCUAUGUUAUGCACUGAUUACGGCAGUUCAGCUUCUUUCUUUC